GAUUUUCUGAAUUAAAGAUCAAAAACGAAACUUCGCUUGAACCUGUUCGAGAUGGUUGUUGUUAUUAUAAUGUUACGAUCAGAUGGGAGGUCGAAUCUUUCAACAGAACUCAUGCACCAUCAUUCAAGAUAUGGCUAACUAUUAAUGGUGAAAUAAUCAGAAAUAUAGUAAGUUAUUAUAAGUUUUGUACUAGCAUAGUUUCUUUUUGAUUAACUUUUUGCAUCUUUCAAUGAUGAUUUAAAAUUAAACUUUCGCAUGCAUAUUCUAAUGUUUCCAGUCUCAUCCACAUGCUAUACACACACAAGAGCGCACACGUUGUUACAGGUCUGCAAACAAGUUGUUACAAAUCUGUUCACACGUUGUCAACAAGUUGUGUUCGCACUGCUUGUUCCCAGUUGUUGUAACAAGUUUGGAACAAGCUGUUCGCAACUUGUAACAAACUUGAUGGAAUUAUCAGACUUGUUACAAGGUUGUUCUAACAGGUCUGAUACAGUCAUGAUAUAACAAGAAUGUUACAAGUUUGACGACACAAGCGUGUAACAAUAUUGUUAUAUCAUGACUGUAUCGGACUUGUUGGAACAACCUUGCAACAUGCAAGUUUGAUAAUAUCAACAAGGUUGUUUCAAGUUGUUAACAGCUUUGUUCCAAACUUGUCGACAACUUGUGCACAAGCAGUGCAUGCGAUCACAACUUGUUGACGGCUUGUUGGCAGACUUGCUACAAGAUGUGAGAUAUUUGCAUGCGUAAUUCAACUGCAAUUGAUCGGGAUGCAGAACGUGUCGCUUGGAUGCGCAGUCCUGCGCAUGCGCAGUCUUGACUCUGAAUUGGCUUAUUGGCAAGUUUGAAAUACGUAAAUGCGUAAAAAUCUCAGACUGUCAACAAGAUGUGUUCACAUUGCUUGUUUGCAGUUCCUGACAUGUCUGGAACAAGUUGUUUGUCAUCUUGAAACAAAGCUAACGAGGCCAACAGACUCGCAACAAGUUGUUCCAACAAGUCUGAUUUCGUCUGCAUGUUGUGAGUUGUUAACAAGUUGCUGACAACAAGCUCGUGGCAACUUGUUACGAACAGCCUGUAUAGUCUUGUUGGAACAACUUGUAGCAAGUCUGUUCCGUAAUAAACCUUGUAACAAGGUGAUUACAACUUGUCCCAGACUUGUCAACAAUUGGGAACAAGCAGUGCGAACACAUCCUGAUAUCGGCUUGGCAACAACCUUGUUAUGUAACAAGUUGUAUAACUUGCUACAAUCUGUAAUUAUACACGUAAAAACGCACAAGUUGUUACAGGCAUGCAAACAACUUGUUACAAGUCUGUUCACAAGCUGUCGACAAGUUGUGUUCGCACUGCUUGUUCCAAGUUGUUGCAACAAGUUUGGAACAAGCUGUUUACAACUUGUAACAAGCUUGAUUGCAUUAUUAGACUCGUUACAAGUUUGUUCUAAGAAUUCUGAUACAGUCAUGAUAUAACAAGAAUGUUACAAGGUUGACGACGCAAUGGUUGUAGCAGUAUUGUUAUAUCAUGAAAAUAACUUAUUUACUUAUUUAACAACUUUAAUUUGGCACGGAGAUAACUUGACAAUAUUGUGCAUAAUUUACAUAGAUAAUCACAUUGAACAAGAAUAUGGAGAAUAGUAACUGUAGAAGGUUUCAAACGUGGCGAAACACAAACGAGAUUAGAUUCCAUGCAUGGUGCAUAUACAGAUGAGAUAGCAUAGAAGAGCAAGAAAAAUAUAGAAUAGAAAAAUGGAAGGUAAAUGGAGAACUAGAAGUACAGACGAGAGAAGUGGCAGAAUGAACGCUAUAACAUAAGGUCUAACAUUGGUACGUUUUUGCGAGACCAAUCAGCCAAGUUCAAGCAUAGUCUAGUAAGAUAUGAUUGUCUGGGAACCCGGCAAACUUCAAAGCUAUAAAAUAGUUGACCUUUGUUUGAUGUUGAACCAUAGAAUAAAGAUCCAUAUAGAAGGGCCACUUACGUCGGAAGCUUUGAAGUUUCUGUCCUCGCGCAUGUCGCAUUACGCAUGUUUGCCGCCAUUUUCCUAGCCAGUCAAUGACAUUUUCUGGCCAAUAAACACGCUGUACUGGCUGGCUGCUCCGCCUUCUGGCCAGUAAACUGCAUAUUUUUGCAUAAAAAAACGCGGACACGUUGCACCGCUGAGUGGCCCUUUUGUUACUGAUCUUUAUUCUGUGGUUGAACUGUACAUCACCUUAUAUAAAUCCUUUGUUUUAACUUCAUUAAAUAUUAUUCAUCGUGGUUGCACGUUUCAUCUCAGCUAUCCCUAUUGGACGGUGCGCAAAUUGGCACAAACUCUGACAAAAACAUAAUACAAUGAAUUGUGUUUAGUUUUCAGACCAUCAUAUCUUGAUACUUAGACUAUGGUUCAAGCGCACUCUUGGGGACAGAUCUUUUAUAGCGGCUGUGCCAAAGACGUGGAACGAUCUAGCAGAUUAUAUUAGGAAUGAGGACAAUUUUAAUAAGUUUAAGAGCCUUCUCAAAGGCCCUGUCACACUAUUGCGUAUCGGACUAGCGUAUGCCAGCGUAUGAAAAAUACCACUCGUACGCCGGUAUACGCUGACAUGCGCUAGAGGUACGUUAGACAUAGGUUGUAUACGUUUCAAGCACGGUCGCAUACGCUGGCAUACGGCGAGGCAGAAAAUUUUUUCUAAGCAUGCUCAAAAAUUUUGUGCGUAUUAGGACGUAUCGUCACUUAGACUUGGCUAAAAGUCAUAGAUUCUGUUAGUAUUGCGGCGUUGUCUCCACCUGGCUACUAUUUUAAUAGUUUUCCCCGGCAAUCUGAUAUAGAAGGGGCGGCGGAACUGGUGUAAUCUGUAGCAGCCGUAUUAAAAUCAAGUUUAUUAAUGGGGAUGAAAAACAUUCAUUCGAAUAUUCAGAAUGAAACUGUAAGGUGUCCAAUAAAGCUAUUAAAAUUAUUGCGGUUUACCGUCCACCAUAUUCCCAGAGUCAUGCUGUCACGUUCGAAUAUGUUUUUGAAGAAUUCUCCUCAUUUCUUGAGAGCAUCGUUAUGUGCCCUGAAAUACUUUUAAUAACUGGAGACUUUAAUUUUCAUCUCGAUGAUAUAGCAGAUGAAGAUAGUAGAAAAUUUAUUGAAGUUCCGGAAACAUUUGGCCUCAUACAACAUGUUAAGUUUCCAAACUCAUAUAUCCAAUCACAUAUUGGAUCUUAUUAUCACGAGAUCAUCUAGUGAUGUCAUAAUUGGCGAAAUACAGGCUUCUUUUUUCCUAUCCGACCACUGCUUUGUUGAGUGUAGUUUGUCUGUGCCCCGUCCCAAUCCUAGACAGAAGAAACUUCAAUUUCGUAAAAUGAGACAAAUCAACAUAGGUGCGUUCAAAUCUGACAUUAUUACAUCUAAUCUAUGUAACGAAACGAUGAAACCCUGUCUAAUAAUUUUUAGUAUAAAUUUCCAGGUGACUAUUGACUUUUCUGCAUUCUGAUUGGUCAAGAUUCACUGUCUCUGAAGUGAUAGUCACUGGUCAGUGACUAUAGCUUUUUUUUCAAAAUGGCUGCUCGUUUUGCCGUAGUAACAGAGGAGGAAAUUGCCAAAAUUAAAGAAGAUAGCAUUCCGAAAAAACCCAAACAAGCUACAAAAUAUGGUUUAAAAAUAUUUCAAGGUAAAAUAUUAAACUUUACGUGCUUUUAUUUGGAAAAAAACUGGCUUAGUCGCAACACGACACAGAGCCGUGUCUGAGAUUUAAUUUUUGUAAAGUUGUGUGGAUUUAUUGUUUGUAAACACCUGGAAAUUUAUACUAAAACAAUUAGUCGCCUCAGGCUCGGUGAUUACAAGCCUAUAAUCACUUCGCCUUCGGCUCAGUGAAUAUAGGCUUGUAAUCACCUCGCCUUCGGCGACUAAUUGUUAAAGAGAAACAUGCUCCUGUACAAAGAAAGGUAAUAAUGGAGAGAACCAAGAUACCGUGGUUCAAUAAUGAGCUUAAACAUCUGAAAGUAAACCGCAGAAAAUUAGAGAGAAAAAUGUUAAAAUCAAACUGUGAAUGCGACAAGAAACAGUAUCGUGCUUCGUGCAAUAAAUAUUCUGCUAAAUUGAAAAGUGCCAAACGACUAUAUUAUUCUGAACUUAUUGACCAGUGCUCGGGUGAUUCAAGAAAACUUUACAAAGUGGUAUCUACUCUCUUUGAAGUUCGUAAGGAAAAUGCCUUGCCUCCACACACUGACUUAGGUCAACUUGCGAAUGACUUUGGAGAGUUUUUCCACCGAAAGUUCGAACUAGUCAGAACCGAAAUUGAUGACAUUCCAGUACAACCUCCAUCAGUUGAAUAUCAGCCACCUGAAGCUGAACUUACAUCAUUUCGCCAGCUAAAAGAAGAAGAGAUUCGCGAUUCAUUUCAAAGGAUUUUUGUGCGUAUGAAAAUUAUUUCAUUAAUUUUCAUACGCUUCUCAGACGUUUCUCUCAUACGCAAUAGUGUGACAGGGCCUUAAGACUCGUUAUUUUAAAGAAGCCAAAAAGGAUUUGACCUAAUUCAUUGAGUUUUUAAAUAAUUUUACAUGGUUCCAAGAUUAUAAUUAUUUGAACUUUCAGUUUAUAUCUUAAUUAGCUAAGUAGUUUUAUUUUAUCUAUAUUUCAUUGUCUUUACUGAAUUGGAAUGUAAUGCGCAUUUGAUCAUAUUUAAAUGUUAAAAUGCGCAAUAUAAAUCUUAAAUUAUUACUAUUAUUAUUAUUAUGAAUAUUUAUUUAUUUACUACAGUAGCUGUAAUAAUGUGUUUGUUUAGACACACGCCAUGUCGAGUCUCUGGCCCUUAUCUUCCGUUGUCAGAACGCGUUUAUUCUCUACUUAUAAAUGUCACAGUAGCUUUGUCAUAAAUGACUGGUGAUCCCUACAGGGCUUAUUACCCCAUUCACAGGGUCUCUUAAACUAAACAUUUACAUCAAUUACAACACAUUAUAUGUACAAGGCUCGACAAAGGACGACACGAGUGACGUUUAACACAGACAGUUUUAAAUGAUUGUUUUUAAAUGAUUGUAGUACAUUAAUGUCAUAAAUAAGUUAAUUCAGUCAUUUCGUGAUAAUAUUUCAACAAGUAUGAUUUGUGACCUUGGAGAUAUUAGUCAGUCGUGAAGGUAAGACAGCCUGUCAGGUGUGUAGGCAAUAGCAGUCAGGUGGAAGUAUCGCCCGUAUUCUAAAAGCUCACUCACACUCACACUCAAUGAGUGGAGGUUCAAUCUGAGCUUCCCUUGAGUGUCAAUGCUGUUUUUGAAUAGCUGGAGGGUAGUCACAUAGUGAGGUAAGACACUAACCCUUCAGCUAUUCAAAAAUAGCAUUGACACUCAUGCCAUAGAAGCUCAAAUUCAAGCUCCACUCAUUGAGUGUGAGUGAGCUUUUAGAAUACGGGCGUAAGUCUUGUGUAGGUAUGGCAAUAAUUAUAAUAACAACAAUUAUAACAACAUUUUAUGUUUAUUUUUCAUCUUAGAGUAUAUUGGAGUCCACAGCAUCAAAUGAAACCUGGUUUGAAUACACGUUUAUACGUUUGCUCCCUGUCAAGUACUAUAUCGCUCAUAUCGAGGGCUACAUUUCGACGCAAAAUGUGACGUCAUACGCAAGCGUCAGUUUUGAUAUUAAACGUGCAAUCUUUUAUAAAGGUAAGUUAAUUUCGAUAUCUGUAACAAUGGAUUAUUAUAAAAACACUGGAUACAGCUGAUUCAAUUAAGGUUGUCCUUCCAAAACCUUAGUGCUAAUCUAACUGUAAAUAAUAUUGAUCUUCAACAAUGUAUAGUCUCGAAUACUAUUGAUAUUGACCCUAGGAAUUCGAGCUUUAACGUUGUUGGAACACGCACACCUCAGGAACAAAAUCAAAUCCCUUUACAUGUUAGACAACAAGCCACUGAGGUGAAUACUAGUAAUAUCGACCUUAGUAACCUGAGUCAACAACUCAAUGACCCGAAUACUAAUGACAUUGACCUAGGGAAUAUUAAUGAGUCGCCUUCAAAGCAAAUACUAGUACCGAGUAAACAGAAAAAAGAUACUGGUACAUUAGUGAAUAAAACCUCGAAGCCCCUAAAAUCACAACUUGAAAAAGAAGAUAAUAAUACUGGAAAAAGUACUAUGCCCUGCCCAUUUCUUAAGCGCCGAGGGUGGUGUGCAAAGGGAAGGCGUUGCGAUUUUAAACAUCCACGUGGUGAACAAAAACAUUUGGUGCCCUGUCCCUUUUUGCAAAAUCGAGGCUAUUGCUUAAAGGGUAGCGGGUGUGAUUUUUCCCACAGUACCAAUCAUAACAGAACGGCAUCACGGCCU